AUGCAUGCUCUCAUCAUGGGUCAAUCUAUACUCAAAGUCGGCCUCGAGCACUGCAAAAAUCUUGAGGAUAUUCGAUCAGCCAUCAGGGAGUACGCUAAAACCAACACCACCGUCCCGCGUAUCUCCUGCCGCGGUUGGAUGCACAGCAUGACCCCUGAUGGGGUUAACUCUGCGAUGCUGGAUGAUCUGGACCCGCUAGGCCGCCCCAUUUUUGUCGACACAAAGGAUCUGCAUAGCACAUGGUGCAGCACCACAGCUGUUAAGGAACUCGAUAUUCAGACAACCCCAGAUCCUGUUGGCGGCAAGAUUCAUCGUGAUGCAGAUGGUAACCCAACAGGCUUACUUGAGGAAGCAGGGGUAUUCACAAUUGUCUGGCCGCAUAUUGCACGAGUGGCCUCGCUGGAAGAGCGUGCAGCGGCAAUUCGCUCUGCAGUUGAGGCGUACAACACUGUUGGAUACACAGGUCUCAUUGAUAUGGCAAUGGACGAAGACAUCUGGGAGGCGUUGCAGAAGCUCAUCUCCGACGACCCCAACAUACCUAUGCGCUUCGCCGCCUACUGGCUCAUCAAGCCGAGCGCCACCGAGGCUGAACACCUGAAGCAAGUCGAGCGUGCGGCAGAGCUGGCGGCUCAAUUCAAUGCAACCAAGAGCCCUGGUUGCCGCGUUGUGGGCAUCAAGAUCAUCUGUGAUGGAAUCAUUGAUUCGUGCACAGCAUCUCUGAAAGAGCCAUAUUCGAGCAACGGUGCUUCGACCGACGCUAUCUGGACAAAACCCCAGCUUCUACCGGUGGUGCGCAAAGCUGACUCACUCGGUCUUCAGGUUGCACUCCAUGCAAUUGGUGAUGCAACCAUCAAGAUGGCCAUUGACGUGAUAGAGGAAUGCGUGACUCCAACCAGACGCCCACGUAUCGAGCAUUUGGAGUUGUCUUCCCCUGAGGAUGCUGCUCGCCUAGGUCGUUUAGGCAUCACAGCUAGCAUUCAGCCAGUCCACAGUGAUCCGGCCAUUCUACGGGCUUGGCCAAGGCUUAUUGGUGAACAUCGUUGCGGGCGGGCAUUUGCAUAUAGGGAAUUCGCCGACGGAGGCGCGCCAUUAGCGCUGGGUAGCGAUGCUCCGACGGCACCUCAUGCACCACUUGCUAACAUGUAUGUUGCUACGACGAGGCGCAGUGCACGAGAACCUGGGCCGGAUGGGCCUGCUGCGUUCAACGAGCAUUUUGCUUUGGGACUCUGCGAGUCGGUCGUGGCCGGAACUAAGGGCGCAGCCUAUAGUACUUUCGCUGAGACUUGGUCAGGUGGUCUGCAGGCAGGAAUGAAGGCAGAUUUUGUUGUAUGCGACAUGGAGUGGGAGAAGGAGAAACUUCUGGCGGCGAAAGUCUCGGAGACAUGGUUUGGGGGCCGAAGAGUGUAUGGCGCAUGA